CAAACAGACUUCGUCUUCUAUUCUAGGCCCGCGAAGCCAUAUCCAUAACCAUAAGCCUACAUCCUCUCCGCUAAUCUGGGCGCCAACAUCCAAAAAUGAGAUCCUGCGAAACCUUAACCCUAAUCUGCACAUCGAUUUCUUCCAUCGAAAAAUCAAAACCACAUUUCUUCAAUUCCAAAUCUUUCUUUCCAUUCUCUCUCCGCUCUGUUCCCUUCCUCUCCCUCAAUUUUCAUCUCCUCUCUCGAUCCCUUCCAGGAACUAGUCCCUGCAGAGUCCGUGCAAGGCCUUAUGGGACUCUGCAAGGAGCAAUCUCGUUAGAAUCCACAGAAUUUGAAGCAGGCGAAUCCCAAGAUAACUCCGAGAAAAACAACACCGUAGAGUACUUGCUCAACAACCGCGAUGAUGUUUCGACACUGAUGAAAAUGGAGAGGAGGUUGUCGCCGGUUUUCGACAGUGGAGUUGAGCCCGCACAACUGCUAGGGCGGUGGUUUCCUUACUUGGAUAGGUUUAAGUGUGGGAAUGGGGUAUAUUUGAAUAGCGGGGAAGUAUUGGAGGCGGUGGGGCCGUACAUAAUGGAAGAGAGGAAGGAAAGGUUUAGGAGUGCGGUGAAGAACCGGAGCUACUCGGUGUGCCUGGUGGUGGAAGGAUUGAGUGAUUUUGGCAACGUUUCAGCCGCGUUUCGGUCUGCGGACGCGCUGGGAUUCCAGUCAGUUCAUGUGGUCUCGUGUGAUAGCUCGAAAAGGUAUAGAGACAAUCGCCACGUUAGCAUGGGUGCAGAGAAAUGGUUGGAUAUUGAACUUUGGGACUCAACCCAAGAGUGCUUUCAAGUUCUAAAAUCACGUGGUUAUCAAAUUGCCACGACACACGUUGGAAUGGAUGCUGUAUCCAUUUAUGACAUGGAUUGGUCAUGCCCAAUUGCAAUAGUAGUUGGAAAUGAAAAUAGGGGGAUAAGUGAUGAAGCCCUGGAACAUUCAGAUUUGCACUGCAGUAUUCCAAUGAAAGGCAUGGUAGACUCUUUCAAUGUUUCAGUUGCAGCAGGCAUCCUCAUGCAUCAUGCUGUUUGUGACAGAACUUCUCGGCUGCAAACAAAAUUAUAUGAACUUCAAGGAAGUUCAUGUUCAUCCUUGAAAUGAGGGUGAUCAGAUGCUGUUGUUCUUGGAGCCAACUAAUUUGCUUAUCAGAAAGGAGAAUAUGAGAGAGGACCAUUAUUUUGUCUGGUAUCCCAGAUUUAUAAGUUCAUUGCAUCCGUUGGCAAAUGUUGUUAAAAUGUUAUGCUUCUUGAUGCUAUCUGCAAGACAAGGAAGGGUCAGAAAGCCAAUGGGGUGUAUUUCCCCGUUGGCACUCUGAUGAUUGUGGAUUGGUACCAUGGUUAUUCGGCUAUUACUUCUAAUACUUAACAAUGGUUAUCAUCAAACUCUGAUGUACAUGAAUCCCAAUUAUUUAUGUAAUUCAAUUUCAAUUAAAGCUUCGAUCCCAAACAGGUUGACUAGGAGUUAUUUUCCUUUCUUCUGUUCUUGUGUGGGGCCGAACUUUUCAUUUGCGGUUGCAAUUUUAUUUUAAAAUUUAAUGAAAACAUUAAAUUUUGCAUUAAUAUUUGCAGGGCUGUCAUGGUGAUUUGACAUCAGAAGAAAGCCAGAUCCUACUAGCAGAGUUCUCACUGCGGCAUAGUAAGAGUGCAAUAAGCAUUGCUCAUGAGUAUGCAAAGCGCAAGGCAGCUGUGCCCUUGCCAAAGCUUUGAUAGAAAGUGAACCAUGAAAUGUUUGAAUUUUACAUCUUCCAACUUUAGCAUUUAUAUUGCAACUUAAGAAACUGAUGAAGUUGUGCCAAUUGGUGUGAAUGCUAUUGUGGAUCCAUUUUAAGUCAAAUCAGACCAAGUUACUUGAUUGAGAUAUUACGGUGGAGAAAACCCCAGCUUGCCAAAAAAUCUGUUAAUGGGAAGGGUGAGCAGAAUAGUUCACCUAGUGGCCGGGAAUGCCUAAAGUUGAAAUGUAUUUUGGGCUGAAAAUAUUGAUCAAGAAAGAGAGGACAUUUGUUCAUUUGUCUGUUUUGUCAAAUAAUUUUAAUAUCUUAGUCGUGUUUGUCAUGAAUAGGACUAGAGAAGAAAGAACAUAUUUUUACGUUCCUAUUAUUUUGGAGGGGUAAAUGCUAUUUAACUAUGAUAAUUGAUAGGCUGCCAAGCAAUGUAUUAUCAGCUUUAUGCAUCCAUUUUUGUGGUAUAGUAAAAGAUCAGUAAACUUUGUCAAUUUGAA